AAAUACAUAUUACAUAGUGCAUAGUAAAUUAGCUAUUACCUACCGGGGAGUUGAAUAGUUCAAUAAUAUAGUUAUUAGGUAAACACUGUCAUGAUAUUUAUCAAAUAUAAAUUUUUACCAAACCUUAUCACAAGCCUUGCGUUUCCCUUAUCAGUGUCUUGGUAAUAUAUUUUUGAUCUAAGGCCGUGUUUUUGCCCUAAAAGUUUAACAUUGACAGAUGACAAUUAUUUAUCUAAAAUUUGAAUUUAGAGAAAUAGCUGAAAUUAUACUUUACAAGAUACAUCUUUUUUAUUAUAAUUAAAAAUGAUUUGUUUGUAAUAAUGUUUUAAUUGACUUAACAAAAAUAUUGCCAAUAUAGACAUAAAAUAGUUAUAAGUGGUAUAGGUAUUUUUUUACAAUGGCUGGUUUAGAAUCAUUUGAUUCAACUUACCAAAGACACCGUCUAUCUAGAAGCGUUACUGAAAACUCAUCUGUCAAUUUGCGACGUGACAAUGAUUCUACAAGUAUAGAAAACACUAGGCAGCUUCAUCUGGAAACUCUUUUGGAGAUGUCUAAAAAUAAAGAUAUUAUAGUUAAUGAUACAGUAAAUAAGUGUUUAAAGCCUACAUGUGUUAUUUUACAACAUGUUGUAAGCUAUCCAUUUAUUGUACUAAGAAGACAAUGCCAAUUGCAUUAUGCUUCAAAUCGUUACCAUAUUGUACCAUUUACACUAAUACCAGUUGUCUUUAGACUGGUAAAAAGUCAAGGUGUUGCAGUUUUAUGGAAAGGUUUUGGCACAGUUCUACUUAUUAAAGGAAUGACAAUGGCUGUUGAAGCUUUUUUGUCUGAACUUUUUGAUUGGCCUAAAGAUUUAUCUUCUGUAAGCAGUUCAAAAAGUUUUGGAAAACAUAUUUUAUUAAAAUGUGCAAGUUUAAGUCUUAUCACACCAUUUUACUCGGCAUGCCUUGUCGAAACUGUUCAAAGUAACAUAGCUAGCGAGAGAACUGCAUUUUAUGAUGUCUUUAAAGAAGGUUUUAUGAGGCUUCUUCAAUGGAACUGUCCUCAAAAAGGUCGCAUGUUACCAGUUUGGAUUUUAGUUGUUCCUACAGUUACAUAUGGUGUGUUAAGAUAUGUGUCUAAUAUUAUUAUCAGUAAAAGUAUAAAACAUUCAUUGUCUAAGUAUGAGCUUCAUAAACUUCGCCAGACUGGUGCCAUACCAAAAGACUCUUCAACUUAUGAUAAUGAGCGACUUGAAGCAGUUUCGGAUUUGUCAGCUUCAGCAAUUAGUGAUGCUGUGCUUUAUCCUUUGGAAACAAUUAUGCAUCGUCUCUAUUUACAAGGCACGCGAACUAUUAUUGAUAACCUUGAUACAGGACUUUCAGUAAUGCCAAUUUUAACUGGUUAUGUGGGUCCAUUUGACUGUUUCGUUACGACAGUAGCACAAGAAGGGCGGUCAGGCUUAUUUAAAGGAUUUGGCGCUUUAUUACUUCAAACAACUGUAAUAGGAGUAUUGUACAAGGUAACGAAGUUAAGCCUUGAAAAAAUUGUAGAUGCUUAUGCAACCGCAAAUUCUCCUCCAGUAGAUAAUAUUCAGAAUAAUCAAAACAUUACACCUGAACAGUCAAGAGGAGAACCUUCUAAUUUAAGGCCAGUAGUUCGAUCAACAUCAUUUAAGAUGUAAUAUUAUAUAAGAUAUUUUUACGUUGUUACUAUCAGUUAUUAAGAUCCAUGUAGAAUAAUAUUGUGAUAUAAAUAUGUUAGUGUUUGAUUUUAGUUUCUUUAAUUGAAAAUCCUUGUUAUUGUCCUAUUUAUCUGUAAAUUGUAAUGAUAAAAACAAAUUAACAAUACAACUAGUAAAAUAUUAUAAAAACGUUUUGUUCAUACA